UCAGACCCAGUCUCGACGGCCAGUGGUGAAGUGUGGUGUGACCGUUGCUAUAGUGACUCAGUGAUACAAGUAUCCCAUGCUGGAUACUCUGCAAUAUGCGACUCUCGGAUACUCUCAAAGGAUGUUUGCUGUAUAUCUGGAUCACAACUAUCGCAGACUCCGCGUCCCCACCUUCACCUCGCUCCAAGAGGCAAAGUAAUGUGUAUUUCAGAGAGUCGUCUGCGAGGUCGAAUGUGAGGUUUGACGACUCGGAGCCUCGCUGGUCGUCGCCGACAGACCGCCUCCACAGUCGCUCCUCCGUGAUCCACGACCCCGGACCCUCGUGGUCCUCCCCCGCCGCUCACCAGUACCCCACAGGGUCCUCCUUUAGAUUCGAGAGUGACAACCACUAUUCCACGGGUACCGGCGUUGAAGGGAGAUCAAAUUUCAAUCGUGAACCCUCCUCAUCGUUUACUUUUGGUAAAGACGACAACUUGUCAACAUCAUACAGUGCAGAACAAAGAUCCAACCUAGAGUCAUCAGAAACCCCUUUCAGGUUCAAAAACCAAAAUGAACCACAUGCCCAAUCCGCUUUCAAAGUCGAAGGAAGGUCGCAUUCUCAAGAAGACUUUUCCGAGGAAUUCCACCCGGUUAAAUCGAAUGAGUCGAAUGAAUCGUUGUUCGGUAAGCCUGACACAGCAUCGAAUCUAUUCAGGGACUCGUCGUCGGUGAGAGUCUCGGACGAAGUGACCGGUUGGAAGUCUAGUGAGGAGUCAAGCUUCCCCGGUAGUUUCCGUCAGUCGAAGCAUUUCAGACAAAGCAAGGUGUCGCCCCUGUGGGAGGUCGACAGCAGUGUAGGGUUCCCCGGCGUAGAGGACUCAGGGAGUGUGGAGAGUGGUCGACAUCUGUCCCCGGACACUCUGGCCACCAUCUCAGAGACUCUGGGAGCCAUCAACACCGUGGGUCGCUACCUGGUCAACUACACACGCGGCUCUCCGCCCGGCGACCGCCUCGACUCUCCUCCGCCGCCGCGGACCGGAGAGGACCUACCAGGAGCCAUCAUCACCAUCAGCAAGAAUGUCCUCGGACGCAACGUGACUGAGCGGCUGACGGAGCCUCUGGUGCGAGUGCUACCUAUCGGAGGCACGGAGAACUCCCCCGCGGGUGUGAGGACCUGCACCACCCCUGGCGGCAGCACAGGAUACUGCGAGGACCUCAGCAACUGUCCCCAGCUGCUGCUGGACCUGGGCAACCUCCGUCAGAGCAUCUGCUUCAAGAGCCUCUUCGUCCCCGGCGUCUGCUGUCCUAAACGUGGUGGAGGUUCUGAUACAACGUUCCUACAAGAGGUGACCACUUCCACCAGGAGACCCCUGAUCUUGACCACAGCUGUGCCUCUGGUGACGUCUCCUUCUCAGACUAUCUACACCACGACCAUCUCCUCCGUCAACUCCAUCGACUUUGAUGCCGGUACAGGGGAGUGUGGAGUACAGGAGGCGCCCAAGUUCCGUGUGGUGGGAGGUGAGGAGGCUUUGCCAGGGAGGUGGCCGUGGAUGGCGGCCAUCUUCCUGCAUGGACCUCGUCGCACAGAGUUCUGGUGUGGAGGCUCUCUCAUCGGCUCCAAGUACAUCCUCACUGCAGCACAUUGCACCAAAGACACUCGUCAGAGGCCGUUCCAGGCUCGUCAGUUCACAGUGCGGCUUGGAGAUAUCGACCUGAAGCGCAACGACGAGCCGUCAGGUCCUCAGACGUACCGCGUGGCCGAGGUCAGGGCUCACCCGAGGUUCAGCAGAGUCGGCUUCUACAAUGACAUCGCAGUGCUGGUGUUGGAGAAAUCUGCGCGACGGUCACGUUAUGUCAUCCCCGUAUGUCUGCCGCCUCCGCAGUACAGACACAGCAACUUUGUGGGCGACCAGCCUACUGUGGUCGGAUGGGGCACGACAUACUAUGGAGGUAAAGAAAGUACAGUACAGAGACAAGUGGCUCUACCUGUUUGGAAGAAUGAAGAUUGUGACAGAACAUACUUUCAGCCUAUCAACGAGAACUUCAUCUGUGCUGGAUUGAAGGAGGGUGGAAAAGAUGCUUGUCAGGGGGACUCUGGUGGACCUUUGGUGCUGAAGAAGAACGGCCGUUGGAUGCAGAUUGGCAUUGUGUCCUUUGGCAACAAAUGUGGCGAACCAGGAUACCCGGGUGUCUACACUCGCAUCACUCAGUACCUGGACUGGAUCAGCAGCAACACUGUGUCAUGAUCACUCUACCACUGCCACCUGAAUCAGCACAUUGCCACCAUCAGCGCCACCGCCUACUGUAUCCUACCAGCUGCGGACGACGUUCCUAGUGGAUGCAACCAGGUUUACAUUGUUAUCCACUGCUUUACAGCAUAUAAGAGGAUUUAAAUCUUCUUUCCCCUUAAGAUAAAUGAGAAGUAAAUAAUAUUGUAAAACCUUAUUUAUCUGUAUUCAAAUUUUGUAUUGCAGGUUUUUUAGACCAACAACAUUUUUAUUGGCAUAAAGCAAAGUUUAUUUAACACAUUUGCUACCACCUAUACUCAUCCCUCAGGUAUAGAGAAGUGUGACGGUCGGUAGGGAACGUGUUAAUUAGUUAUAUAUAAUGUAUAAGUGAAAAGCAAUAAUUUGUACCUCUGCUCUGCAACGGAUAUGCGAGAAACCAUUAGAGUAUAAAACAAAAGCUUUAAGUGUGGUUUUAAAUAAAAUCAUUGUAAGCACUAUUCUUGAAAAAUUAUUAAACUAUACAUUAAUAAAACAUUUAUACAAAGGUUGUCUGUAAGCUAUGGUUUCCACCAAGCUUGACCAAGCAAGCUAGUUUAAAUCUAAAACCAAUGUCCUGUUCUUUGCUUGGCCACUUUUUUCCUAGUCGGUCUCCACCUCUAAGGCACCAUUAGGUUUGACAUUGUGUACAAAAAUGCUGCAAAAGAAAAUUGAUUCUCCCCAAGUAAAUUAUGUCUACGGAUCAUGGUGUGACUGUAGAAGGAAAUUUACAUGCUGAUUGGGGACGUCUCUAAAAGGCUGUCAAGAACUUAAAACCCUGUUUGGUCUUAAACACACGGAUCAAGAAAGCAAAAGUUUCAAUGACAUUAAUCACUAUCUCUGUGGAAACUAAUGAAUACCCACAGCCACCCUCCCUGGGAGAAUAUGUGAGGACUUCUGUGAACUACCUAAGUCACUUAUGCAACUUUUACUCAUUGAAACACGUACUUUUCUUCACCUGUCUAAUGAAAACUGAUCUCAACAGAGAUUGGCCUUCUUUCUACAGAAACCUGAUCACAGAACUUGAUUUAUACUUGGUGAGAGUAUCAAUUUUUUUUCACAAAUGUUUUGAGACUUGUAGUCCCAUUGGGGAUGAUAUAGUAAAGAACCUGACAAGGGGCUCAGGCUAACUUACUUGGCUAUGACGGGAGCGGAGACUCAAAUUUACAGACAACCCAUUUUCUUAUUUAUUCUCAGUGAAAAUAUUUUCAAUUUAAAAAUGUCAUGCAAUUUUUUAAACAAGUAUACCUAAUUAUAAUGAAUUGUGUUUAGUAAGCUACAAACAAACUGCCAUACAGUGUUACUUAGACCAUAAAAAAGUACAUUAUUUGUAGCUCUCAAAAUCCCCUAUUGUUUUGUAAAUUUAAUGAAAUACUCCCUCUCUAAAUACAAGUAUAUUUGGUUUACAUUAUUUUUGUUAAAUUUUGAAUACUAUUAGUUGCAGUUUACCAUUAAGGAUUUUUAAGUCACUAGUGUAAGUCUACAAUGUAAGUAAAUUAAAUGUAAAGAUGUUUGAGCUUAGACUUUGUUAAUAUUUUUGUAUUUAUUGACUUCAGUAUGUAAUUAUUAUUAAAUUAAUAUAUUUAAGUG